CGAGGUCUGACUUUUUAUAUGUUAAAAAUUCAAAGAUUGAAAAUCUGACGACGACUUCGGGGAAGAAGUAGAAAGAUCAAUACACAGAAGAAAUCAAAUAAAAUUAAUCAAAUAAUAAAUAAAAUAAAAGAUGGUUUGCAUAGCUUGUUUGCUGCCACUAUUUCUUGUUCCGAUUGUAAAUCUAUUGCCGAUACUAUUCGAUAUUAUCAUGGCAAGAGUAUAUAGGAUUCUAGGUUGGGAAUAUCGGAAACCGGAGCGCGCACCCGCGGCGUGUCCGUAUAAACCACCAGCAGCUGUUGCUAGUAACACUGAGAAUGUUGCGGGAGAGCAUAAUCCAAUUGUUGCUGAUCUUGUUCAUAAAUCACUGCCGGCGGAUAAUGGCAAACUUGAUUGAAGUUAAAUUCUGUGUGCAGUAUAUUUUAUCUACCUACUAUUCUGUGGUGUUAAUUUUUAUUGAAGCAUGUAAUGCAACCUCAGCAUGGAUGAUGUAAAAUUCUGCCUGACAGCUUUGACUAGUAAUUUCAAAACUUUUCAGCUAAUA